AGUGAUGAACCUUAUAAGACCCUUGGUUUUUGUUGUCCCUCUGUACCAUAGUUAGUCAGAGAUGCUUGUCUUUCUUUGUCAUGUCCCUCUGUCUCAUCAUUUCAAUGUCUCCUUCAUCUCACUCCUAACAUAUCACUGCUCAAAUGCUACCCAACCUCACCCAUCCCACUUUCUGACUUGUGACUACCGAUGAUUUCUCUCUAACAUAGCACUGAAACAGCUUCAUGCAUGUUCUCUCUCUCAUGAGAGCAAAUAUCAUAAACUAAAAUAACUUGCUUUCUCUCACUCUUUGUUCUCUUGAUUAGUUUAAUGAGAAAGAUAGAGCUACAAAAAAGUAGUGCUGCCAAGUUUAUGUUGUGAUGAUGGGUGUUGAAGCCACAGCUCCAACAGUGGCACCCUUCAGAUCAGACCAUUGGAAGCAGUUUGAUGACUCGGUGAAUGCAGUGUCUUUUGGGUUUGUUGCCACUGCCAUCCUCAUUUCUAUGUUUCUUCUUCUGGCUAUCUUUGAGAGGUUUCUUAGGCAUAGAUCAAGUGAAGCCAGUGCUGCAACUCCAGUAGAUCUUGAACACCAAAUCAACCUUGUUGGAAAGUUGGAAAAUCUAUCACCAAAGAUGAGCAUUUAUGGAAGAGUGGUACUGGUGUUGAUGCCUGGAGAGCAGAUUCCUUCGUUCAUUGCACUUCCUUUUCCCACACCAUGUCGCCGCGAGCCCAUGUCAUGGCCUAUUCAACACAGUUCACAUACUUCCUUCCACCUUUAGCAUCAACGACAGACAUUAAUCUAACUAGAAUAUGAUGUUGUUCAUCCCUUUUGAACUGGGAAGAAUUAGAUGUCAUUUAGCAUCACAUAGUUGAAACCAUUUUCCUCUCUGAUCAAUUAGGUGAUCUCCUACUUAGAUAUAAUAUGUGUAUUAGAUUUGAGCUUAAUUAGAAUCAAUUAUCAUUAAGUGAAAUAAUCUAAUCAAGUCUAAAACUUGACUCAGAUCCAACAAUACGAUGUUAAACAAUUGCAUUGUAAUUCACAAUGAAAGUUCCUUCCAAAGCAUGGAAUUUUGAGAAGUUACCUUUUCCGAGGAAGUUAUGGUUAAAGUUAGAUGCCUUUUGAGUUAUCAUGCAGAGUUGCGUGGUGCUCAAGCAGUUCAGGGAUUUGUUGUUUUGAUCUGUCAAAGUGAGUGGAAGAUCAUUACAUCCUCUUUUCUCAGAGGCACAAUGAUUAAUAAUACUGUAAUAAAUAUUCUUGCUGAGAACAUAGAAUGAGGGAAGAAUAGAUUUACGCUGUCUUAUGGUUACAAAAUUAUUAUGAAUAUUGACGAUUUUCAGAAUAA